AGAUUUAUGGCCAAUCGCACAUAGAAAGACAGAUUAGUCAGGCUGCGAGCAAACAAAGAACAAACACAAUGCUAAGAUGUGGCGGGAACAAAGGGUUCAUGAUUUACUUAUACAACAAUGUGAAGGAAUUUCUGCUGUAACAGACAAAUGAAACAACAUCGGCCAACUUUAAACGACAUAAAAAAUGCCUAUUCUAUGGAGGUGGCGAACAAGAAUACGAGAAAUAUUGCUCUUUUGAUCUUUGAAAUAAUGAUGAGAGAACACGCGUUUUUGACAUUUGGAUUUACAAGAUAUAUUCAGCCGUUGUUCAAAGAAAUACACCCAUAUCGUUCAUAUUACCGAUGUAGAGAAGUCUGAUGAAAACUGUUUUGCAACUACAUUUAAUAUUGCAAGCAUUCUUUUUUGAAGAAUGUCUCUAAAUAUUGAUUUUUCAUUUUGAAGAAAGAAAAUUCUCAGAGCAGGAAACGAUAGCCUUGCCAGUUCUAAAUUUGCUUCCCACAACCUUAUUUAUUCAUCGCCAAUCUCAACACUUGGCUAAAAAUAUAUAAAAUAAAGCCAUGACCAAAAACAAAGUAUUGAACGCUCAUGUCCUUGCUGCUCUAGCCCCGGGGGCUAAAGUAAAUUUCAAGACAUUAGAAAUUGCUGUUGCACCGGAUCCGAACGCUGGAACACUUCUGUUAAACGUGGGAGGACAAAUAUUUGAGACAUAUCGUUCGACCCUCAACAAACACAAUAAUACAAAUCUCUCUAAUGAAAUGUUUCUUCAGAAAUUUUACCGAGAACGUCACAAAGACUAUUUCUUUGAUCGUGAUCCUGUUUGUUUUCGCUCGAUUUUGGAAUACUUACGAACCGGUCAACUGCAUCUACCGUCUAAUGUAUGUGGACCAGCAUUGAAAAAGGAACUGGACUUCUGGGGAAUCAGCGAAAAUUUAAUCGAAGGUUGCUGCUGGAACAUAUACGAUUCUUGGAAUAGUACGUAUGAGUCGUUGCUGAGGUUCGACCGAGACCGAAAGGCGAUGUUUGCAACAGAUGAAUUGGAUAUAUCCCAAAUGACAUCUUUACAACGUUUUAAAAACACUUUGUGGAAUAUUCUAAGCAACCACAACUAUUCUUUUCUCUCAAAGGUCUAUGGAAUAAUUUCUCUAAGUUUCGUUAUCGUCUCCAUACUGACCUUCAUUGUGGAAACGCAUCCAUUCUUCAAGACACGCGGAGAUCGGGACAUUUUGGGCCGGCGAUACCGACAGUCGAAUUCAACAACGAACGGUGACGAUCCAGAGACAGAGGCGAACAUGCCACACAUAUCUAUUGUAUUUAUGGAUGUAAUUUGUUUGACUUUCUUCACUCUAGAAUUUAUUUUACGACUAAUCUGUGCACCCAAAAAGUGUAAAUUCUUUUUUACUUUUCUCAACAUGGUCGAUUUAGCAGCUCUAUUACCAGACUUUAUUGAAAUCAUUCUGAUAAAGAACAUCAACUACGACUUCAUAUUCUAUAUCACUCUAUUACGAUUAAUUCGUAUCUUGCGUAUUUUCCGUCUCAUACGGCAUAUUCCCGGGUUGUGGGUAAUGAUGUACACCUUAAAAGCCAGCUUAGAGGAACUGAUGCUCAUGUGUAUAUUUCUUUUGGUUGGUAUGAUUAUUUUUGCCUCUCUGAUAUUUUUUGUUGGAGAAGAUAGAUUUUCGAACAUUCCCAUGAGUCUAUGGUGGGCGCUGAUUACUAUGACGACGGUCGGGUAUGGUGAUAUGGUGCCUUCUACAAACUUGGGUUAUGUAGUCGGCUCAUUCUGUGCCUUGACUGGUCUUCUCAUGAUUGGUUUUACCGUGCCCAUUAUAGUUAAUCACUUUGUCCUCAAUUACACACACAUGCAGUCAGCUACAAAAUCAGAGAUGAGGCAGAAACACCGACAGAAGGAACUCGAAGAAGAGAGGAAGUUAAUGGGUGAACUAAAAGCAGAGUUUUCAGAGUCAAAAAGAAAUAAUUGUAAGAAACCGACGAAGACGUUUUCUCUGAAAAAACAUUCACCAGCAAGUGUAUGGAAUAAGAACACUGAGAAUGGUAGCAAGUCUGAAUUCAGUCGCCUUAACGAGUUAAUCAACAUGGAAAACUAUGGAAACGGAAUAUCGAGUAAUAACGAAAAACUUACUCAUGACAUAACCAUGGAACACAAAAACUGGGAUAAAACUAAAAUACACAGUAGUUUCUCUAGCAAUGAUGAUAAUGAGCAAAAUAUGGAUAGAGGUUAUGAGGAGAAAGACGGUGCUAAAUGUAAAAGCGGUAAAUCUGCCAAAAAGUUACAAUCACAGAAUGCUCAAUCAUUCCCGAUGGAGGAAUUUGGUGGAGAGGAUUUACGUACGUCGAAUGUGUAGAUUUUUUUAGAUAUAAAAACAUUUGCUGGUAUUUAUGUCUCACACAGACACACUUUUUCAAAGCCAAACAUACAUUCAAAUAACACAUAAUGAAGUGUGCUUUAAACUGUGUGUAUACACCAUAUGCACAAUAUAUGCAUUCAAAUAUAUAUAUAUAUAUAUAAAUUAAGUGAUCGAACUGUCGCCUUAUUGAUUGAUCACUCUAAGUUGGAACUCCAUCCCGAAACCAAAACUUUUUAAAGUAAGGAAUUUCACUACUUCGACAAAGGAACAUUGAUAUUGUGUAGAAAUCCUAAUAUAUUAAACUUGAAUGGAAGCAAGGCUUGCUCUUUCUGAACUAGAAAUAAUUAAUCACUUUAUGAUAUGAUGAAUUCGUUAAA